UAGUAUACAGGGACUUUGGCCAAGUUUUGUCAAAAAUUACAAAUACCAAUCAUUACCAAAUUUUAUGUACCUACUUUUGAGAUUACAAAUUACGUUAAGAUUGUCACCCACUUUGAGGUGAAUUGUUCCUACAUGUAUAAUAUUUCCUAUUGUUAUUUCUAGAUUCAUUUUUUAUCCUUCGAGUGUCGUUUUGAGACUUAAACAUCAACCACUUGAUGAGGGACAGUUCUGAUGAUGAAGAUGAGGUUGUUAAAGAAUUAAUGAAAGCACAAAAUGAACUGAAAGUUGUUCAUGAAUACAAUCAGCAGCAGAAGAGGAUGCUUCAUUCAUUAGCUAAGUCUGAGAUAAGACGUCAGGAGAUUAGGAAGCAGCUCCAAGAAACUGACCAGGAGGUCAUGGAAUGGCUAAGAGUGUUCUCAAGUUAUAGCCAGAGGAAGAAGAAGGAGCCAAUCAAGCAGAAGGAAAGAGAGAGUGCUCAGAGGUGUCUUGAUAAAAGACAAAGACUAUCCCAACACUUGCUAGUUUGAUUUUAUGUUUAUAUAGUUUUAUGAAGACAAUAAUACUUCAAUGUCAUUUAA